GGCUUCUGCGUUUCCGUCGGCUGUUUUUGCUGGAGCGUCAGAAACAGAGCGUUUCCACUCGAUUAAUAAAGAGCAGAAGAUUAAACUGAAGACAUCAGAUGUCAUUCGGUGUUCCGCACAGCGGCGGCAGCAGUCGGCGCAGUAAGUGGGAUCAGGCGGGUCCGGAUACUGAUGGAGGCUCCGCCCCCACCGGAGCUCUGGACGCUGCCGCCGCCGUUGCCGCCAAGAUCAACGCCAUGCUGGUGGCCAAAGGCAAACUCAAGCCCUCACAGAUCAGCAGCGCAGCGCCCGUUGACAAGUCUGCAGGUGCUGGUGGUAAUAAGCUGAAGGAUGAUCUGGUGGUGGCGGAGGUGGAAAUCAAUGACGUCCCGCUCACCUGUCGAAACCUGCUGACCCGCGGACAGACUCAAGACGAGAUCAGCAGAGUGAGCGGUGCUGCUGUGUCCACCAGAGGGCGCUUCAUGACAGUGGAGGAGAAGAGUAAAGCUCUGCCCAGUGACCGCCCGCUGUAUCUGCACGUCCAGGGACAGACCAGAGACCUGGUGGACAAGGCUGUUAACCGCAUUAAGGAGAUCAUCACUAACGGUGUGGUGAAAGCGGCCACUAACUCCACCUACGGCGGAGCCACGGUCACCGUUUACCAGCAGAGCGGACCCUCAGUACCCACAAUCCCCUCUGCUCCACACAAACCACACUAUCCAGGAGGAAUGCACUAUGUCCAGGAUAAGGUGUUUGUGGGUCUGGACCAGGCGCUGCAGGGCUUCAGUGUGAAGGAGCGUGUGGAGGGCCCCAGCUGCUCGUUCCUGCAGCACAUCCAGGCCGAGACCGGAGCCAAAGUCUUCCUGCGGGGGAAAGGCUCCGGCUGCCUGGAGCCCGCAUCCGGGAGGGAGGCCUUCGAGCCCAUGUACAUCUACAUCAGUCACCCCAAACCUGAAGGACUGGCUUCUGCAAAGACCCUGUGUGAAAACCUCCUGCAGACCGUCCAUGCAGAGUAUUCCCGUUACCUGAAUCAGAUGAGCAGCAUGAUGCCGACUCAGGGAUUCAUUCAUCCUCCUGCUGUAAACGGACUCCCGCCGCAGCCUCCAUAUUAUUCUCCUGCAGGUUUCCAGCCGUCCUAUCCUGCGCCCGUCCCGCCGCCGCCACCACCCAUCGCUCCUCAGUAUCCCGUGGCUCCUGCGGCCCCGGCACCCGUUCCCCCCCCAAACGCACAGUAUCCCAUCACACCGGUCCCAGCACACGUCCCCGCACAGACUCUUCUUCCUGCUGCGUUCCCGCCCACCGCCCCGGUUCCGCCCAAACUCACGGCUCCGCCCAACCCGCCACAGAAGCGGCGCUUCACUGAGGAGGUGGACGAGAUGGACCGUGGCCUUUUGGGAUACCAGCAUGGACCCAUUCAUAUGACUAAUUUAGGUGCAGGCAUGCCUGUGGGCAGCUCAGAGGCUUCAGGACCCCCAUCUGCUGCUUCCUCAGUGCCCGUGAGAGAGAGAGACAGCAGCAGCAGACAGCUCAUGCCGCCCCCGUGUGUGCCAGCGCUGCUCAAACCUCUGAGACCUCUGAAAGCAGACGAGACUCCAUCAGUGCCGAGCCUUCUGGAGCCGCAGGUGAAGCGCAUGCGGACGGGGCUGGUGGCGUACACUGGAGACUCCUCGGAUGAAGAAGAGGAUCAUGGGCCGUCCAGAGCCGCCGCCGUCGCUGCAGCAGGUAAUGCGGGCACAGGCUGGAACCCGUACCGCUGCCCGCCGUCCCCCCCACACCGGCCCAAAACACAGACUGCACCACAGCCGACGCAGCAGAACAUGCCCUUCUGGAUGGCGCCGUAAACACACACACACACACACACACACACACACACACACACACACACACACACAGACAGACUGACGGCAGCAGCGUGACGAUCGGCCUCAGAGAGGAUCAUGGGAUGAGGAUGAGGAGGGACUGACCGCAGCUCAUCCUCUUUUAAACGCUCGGGUUCUGCUUUGCUUUGUAAUGUUUCCUCUUCCUCUGUGACUAAUAAACACACACACACACCUUUA